AUGAGGUCGCCGCAAGCUCUCUCGCUUCUUGUUGUUGUCCUCCUCCUUGCCUCGUCCAGUGCUUCCGUCAUAGAAGACACAUGCAGGCGCUUCGAUGGUGCUGACAUCUACGAUAUCUGCAUCAAGUUCUUCAAGGCCAACAAGGAUAGCGCCACCACGGACAAGCGUGGCCUUGCUGUCAUCGCCAUUGGGAUUGCCAGUGCGACAGCUGUGGACACCCGCAAGCGCGUCGCCACCCUGAAGGCCGAGGAAAAGGAUCAAAUUAUCCAGCAUGUCCUCGCCUACUGUGACAAUAUGUACUCCAGUGUUGUGGGCCUAUUUGACAAGGCUGCCAGGGGCAUCUCGUUGGGCAGGUUGGGCGACGCAGUGACGAGCCUCAGCUCCGCACUGGACAUUCCCAAAUAUUGCGAUGACAAGUUCCUCGAGGCAGGCGUGAAGUCGCCAUUCGAUGCCGAGAACAGCGAGUUCGAGGUGCAAUGUGCAAUCACUCUGGGUGUAACGAAGAUGCUGACCAUGUAG